CAUGCAAUUAAGUAUUUAAAUUUUGUGAAAUGCGUAUAAUUUAUAUUCUAUUGAUAUGGUGGCAUGUAUUAUAUGUGCAAUUCGAAUUUAAAUAUGUGAGCGCAUUUUCAUUACGGAAAAAUGAUUUGAUUGAUGGGGAAGACGACAAGGAAGAUUUAGAAGCUCCUAAAACAGGGUUAUUAAAAAUGUGCAAAAGUUGCAAAUCUGUACCAUGUGUGCCACAAAUCCAAUGCCCUGCUCAUGUACGUAUGGCGGACCAUGAGAAGCCGCAAAUUUGUGACCUUCCUGCUGGAAAAUUUGGUUAUUGCUGCAAUACCGGGCAAAAUCACACAGCCGGGCAUAAAAGAGCACGAGCCGUUUUUCAAACGUUCUUGCCACCCGAUGUGAUCGAAGAUGCACGCAAAAACUUUAAACAUCUCAUGCAUGGCGUGGCGCAGAUGCCAGUGAAUCGAGGGCAUCCUGAUUUCACUCAUGGAAUUAUGUUUCACUCGUCACCUAAAGAUGACUUCCAUAAUUUUGCACUGUCGAACAGUGCGUUCGAAUUGGUCAUCGCUAGCCAAGUGUUUGGCAAGAAGGAGCAGGUACCCAUAGAGGAUCUUAUUACCAAUAAUGUGCCCGUAGAGUUUUCCAAGACUCCAUUAGCCCAGCAUUGUCAAUCAAUGCCUGUUUGCCGAGGUACACUUAAAUAUCGAACUAUGGAUGGCACAUGUAACAAUCCGCUGUCUCACCGCUUGCAUUGGGGCGCUGCUGGUCAGCCAAUGGAGCGCCUGCUUCCACCAGCCUAUGAAGACGGGAUUUGGACUCCACGCGCACACUCUAAAGAUGGGACUCCAUUGCUAAGCGCCCGUGACAUCUCGAGAACUCUGUUUGCUGAUGUUCAUCGUCCGCAUCCAAAGUAUAAUCUGCUGAUCAUGCAGUUCGCGCAGCUAUUGGCGCAUGAUGUCUCCCAAUCGGCUUCAGUGCGUCUCGAUGAGAACGGGGGCUUAGUGCAAUGUUGCUCUCCGGAUGGGAAAAGCAUUUUGCCACCAGAAAAAUCACACUUUGCCUGCCUGCCGAUUCCUGUCUCUGCAAACGAUGAGUUUUAUAGCGCUUUUGGCGUGCGGUGCUUGAACUUGGUGAGACUUUCAUUGGUACCCAGUGCCGACUGUCAGUUGAGCUAUGGAAAGCAACGCAAUAAGGUAACCCACUUCCUGGAUGCGUCUCCAAUAUAUGGCUCCAACGAGGAGUCGGCCCGUGAGCUGCGCACCUUCCGUGGCGGUCGAUUGCAAAUGUUUAAUGAUUUUGGUCGUGACAUGCUGCCCUUAACGCGCGAUAAGAGUGCCUGCGGCAGUGAGGAACCGGGCAGUACAUGCUUUAAGUCGGGUGAUGGCCGCACAAAUCAAAUUAUCUCUCUGAUCACUUUGCACAUUGUCUUUGCAAGGGAGCAUAAUCGAAUCGCCAGCAUCUUAGCUGAGUUGAACCCAUCGGCAAGUGAUGAAUGGCUCUAUCAGGAGACUCGCCGAAUUGUGAUUGCAGAGAUACAGCACAUUACCUACAAUGAGUUCCUCCCGGCAUUAAUUGGUCCCCAGCAAGUGAAGCGAUUCCGUUUAACACCUCGCGAGAAGGGAUACUCAAACGAAUACAACAUUGAUGUGAAUCCAGCUAUUACUAAUGAAUUUUCGGGAGCUGCAUUCCGAAUGGGUCAUUCUAGUGUUGUUGGCAAAUUUCAUAUACAUGAUGAAGUUAUAAAUAUUCCUGAUGUUAUGUUCAAUCCUUCGCGUAUGCGUAAGCGUGAGUUCUACGACGAUAUGCUGCAAACACUUUACACGCAGCCAAUGCAAGAAGUCGACAGUUCCAUUACUCACGGUAUCAGUAGAUUUCUAUUCCGUGGGCACAGUCCGUUUGGCUUGGAUUUGGCAGCCAUUAAUAUUCAGCGAGGUCGCGAUCAAGGUAUACGGUGCUAUAAUGACUACCUCCAAGUGAUGGGAGCACCAAAACUAACAAGUUUUGAUAAAUUUCCAAGAGAUGUUGGGGAAAAACUGUCGCGCGUCUAUAGAACGCCUGAUGAUAUUGAUUUAUGGGUGGGCGGUCUAUUAGAAAGAGCGGUUGAAGAUGGUAUUGUUGGAAUAACUUUUGCUGAAAUUAUUGCCGAUCAGUUUGCACGCUUUAAGCAUGGAGAUCGGUACUUUUACGAAUAUGAUAAUAAGGUCAAUCCAGGAGCGUUUAAUCCAGCACAACUUCAGGAGGUGCGUAAGGCUAGUAUUAGCCGCUUGUUGUGCGAUAAUGCCGAUCACUUGACAUUGCAUUCUGUGCCACUAGACGGAUUCGUACGCGCUGACUUUCCUGGAAAUACGAUAGUACGUUGCGAUGAUCCGAAACUUCCUUCAGUUAACCUUAACGCAUGGCGUACAUAGGGAA